AUGCACCCCGCAUCAGAUCCUCGAUCUUUCAAGGGAGGGUUGCGUCGUAAACGAGGCUUACAAGGUGCAGGACAAGAGGCCCAACCUGCCCGCGGCGUUAUGAACGAUGUUUGCCUGACGCAGACCAUCGACCAUGACGCGACGAUCCAGGUGGCGGUCGAGAGGUUCACGGUUCUGGGGGAGAUUCAGAAGGGGCCGUCCGGCCCCGCAUGCGUUUCUUAA